CGCACGCACACAGUCACACACACACGCACGCACACACACACACACACACACACUUGUGGAUCCAGCCCCAGCAGAUGUGGUGGAUGGCGGGACGAGCCGGACAGGCGGCAGCUGGCGCAGGCCUCUCAGAAGCCUGCGUACGAUGACCCCACCCUGGCACACGCCCGGAGGUGCAGCGUGAUCCUGAGUGAUGUGAAGUAUAAGGAGGAGUACGAGAAGACCAAGUGGCAGUGCACCGUUGGGCCCGACACACCCGUGAUCCAGCAUGCCAAACACGUGGGCACUCUCGUAUCUGAGAGUAAGUAUAAGGAGGAGGGGAUGAAGGACGCGGCCAUCUCUCUGUACCACGUGAUGCCGGACACCAUGCAGACGCAGCACGCCAGAGAGGCCGAGCAGCUCCGCAGCGAGAUUAAGUAUCGUGAGGUGGGGAAGAGUGAGAUCACCAGCUCCCUCUACGCGCUGCUGCCGGAGACCACCGAGACACAGCUGGCCAAGGAGCACUCGCAACUACAGAGUGAUAACAAGUACAGAGAGGAGGGCAGGAAGGAGGCGUCCACGUCUCUCUACUCUGUUCUGCCAGAGACGCUGGAGACACAACACGCCAGAGAGGCCUCAGAACUGCAGAGUGAGACCAAGUACAAAGAGGCUGGCAAGAAGGAAGCCCGCACGUCUCUGUACGCCCAUCUGCCAGAGACCAAUGAGAUCCAGCAUGCCAAAGAGGUGUCCCAGCUACAGAGCGAGGUCAAGUACAAAGAGGGUCGGAGGGGCACCUGCUCCUCCCUCUACUCCCAGCUGGCCGACACCGCCGAGAUCCAGUUCGCACGGGAGAUGACCGAGAUGCUGAGUGAGAACAAGUACAAGGAGAACGGCAGGAAGAGCGUCUCCAACAGCGUCUACUCCCAGCUGGCCGACACGACAGACAUCCAGUUCGCCAAAGCCAUCGCUGAACUGACCAAUGAGAGGAAGUACAAAGAGGCGGGCAAGAAGGGCGUCAACAGCUGCCUCUAUUCCCGUCUUCCUGAAACGCUGGACACCCUGCAUGCCAAAGAAGUGUCCACGCUACUCAGCGAGAUCAAGUACAAAGAGGACAAGAAGGACAACACAUCCAGCGUGUAUCACCUGAUGCCGGAGACUAUGGCCACACAGUUGGCCAAAGAGCUUUCAGACAUUCAGAGUGAGGUGAGGUACAAGGAGAAGGGCAAGAACACCUCCACCAGCAUCUACUCCCAGCUCCCUGAAACCACGGAGACGCAGCUCGCCAAGCAGAUGUCUGAUCUCCAGAGUGAGUCCAAAUACAGAGAGGCGGGAAAGAAAGAGGCAUCCAGUGCUCUCUACCACCAGAUGCCCGAGACACUGGAGACCCAGCACGCUAAAGAGGCUGCUAACUUACUGAGCGACCUCAAGUACAGAGAGGCGGGAAAGAAGGAGACGUCCAGCUCGCUCUACUCCCUCAUGCCGGACACGGCGCAGACCCAGUUCGCCCGCGAGAUGACCGACCUGCAGAGCGAGAACAAGUACAAAGAGAGCGGCAAGAAGAGCAGCAGCACCAGCGUCUACUCACAGCUCCCACAGACAACAGAGACGCAGUUCGCCAAAGCCGUGUCCCAGCUGCAGAGUGAGAGCAAAUACAAAGAGGCGGGGAAGCAGCAGACUUCCACCACACUGUACCACGGACUGCCACACACCCUGGAGACCCAGCACGCCAAAGAAGCCUACCAGCUGCAGAGUGAGCUCAGGUACAAAGAGGGAGGCAAGAAGGAGAUCUCGUCCACCCUCCACUCACAGCUUCCUGAGACGCCCGAGACCCAGUUUGCCAAACAGCAGUCGGAGCAGCGCAGCGAGGUGAAGUAUAAAGAAGACAUGAAGGACAACUCCAUCAAUCUCUACUCCUACCUGCCAGAGACAAUUGAGACCAAGUUUGCUAAGGAGAUGUCUGAGAUGCAUAGUGAGGCGAAGUACAAAGAGGCGGGGAAGAAGCAGGCGUCGAGCGCUCUCUACCACCAGCUCCCAGAAACACUGGAGACGCAGCACGCCAAGGAGGCCUACCAGCUACAGAGUGAGGUGGUGUAUAAGGGCGUAAAGGGCGACUUCUCCGGCUCCACCUACACACAGCUCCCUGAUACACUAGCGACCCACUUCGCCAGAGAGAUGACAGAGAUGCAGAGUGAGAACAAGUAUAAGGAACAAGGGAAAAGGGAGAUGAGCACCAGUAUCUACUCCCAGCUGCCAGAGACCAAAGAGACCCAGUUUGUCAAAGCCGUGACAGAGGUGGUGUCAGAGGCCAAAUAUAAAAAAGCCGGUCAAAACAAGAUGGCUGCGUCUCAGUACUCCGUCAUGCCCGAGACUCUGGAGACCCAGCAUGCUAAACAUGUGUCUGAGCUUCAGAGUGAGCUGAAGUACAAGGAGGACGGGAAGAGAGAGAGGUCCCACUGCCUCUACUUCCUCAUGCCAGAGACGGCACAGACCCAGCUGGCCAAGGACAUCAUGGAGGUCCAGAGCGACGUCAAGUACAAGGAAGAGGGCAGGAGGGAGGUGUCCAGCAGCCUGUACUCCCAGCUCCCAGAGACCGCCGACACGCAGUUCGCCAAGCAGAUGUCAGAGAUGCAGAGCGAGUCCAAGUACAAGCAGGAGGGCAAGGAGGAGGCCACCAUGCCACUGUACCACCAGCUGCCCGCCACCCUGGAGAUGCAGCACGCCAGAGAGGCCUACGAGCUGCAGAGCCAGUCUAAGUACAAAGAGGCCGGGAAAAAGGAAGCGACCACAUCCCUGUACCAUCACUUGCCAGAAACUCUUGAGACGCAACACGCUAAAGAAGCCUCCAAGCUAGCGAGCGAUGUCCGGUACAAAGAGGGCGUGAAGAAAGACCUGGCCACUUCCUUCUACUCCCAACUGCCCGACACGAGCGAGAUCCAGUUCGCCAGGGAGCUCACAGAACUGCAGAGUCAGAACAAGUACAAAGAGAGCGGCAAGAAGAGCAGCAGCAGCAGCGUCUACUCACAGCUCCCACAGACGACAGAGACGCAGUUUAACAAAGCCGUGUCCCAGCUGCAGAGUGAGACCAAAUACAGGGCGGCGGGUAAGAAGCAGGCGUCCAGCUCUCUCUACCACCAGCUGCCGGAGACGCUGGAGACUAAACACGCCAAAGAAGCCUACGAUCUUCGGAGUGAGAUAAAGUACAAGGAGGGCGGGAAGAAGGAAGCAGCCUCCUCCCUCUACUCACAGCUGCCAGAGACGGCACAGACGCAGCUCGCCAGGGAGCUCUGCGACAUCUACAGCGAGGUCAAAUACAAAGAGGGCGGGAAGAAAGAGAUUUCCUCCAAUCUCUACUCUCUGCUCCCUGAGACUGCCGAGACCCAGUUCGCCAAGCAGCAGUCUGAGCUCCAGAGCGAGGUUAAGUACAAAAGAGAGACCCAGUCGGAGCUGCCCAACUGCCUGUACGCCCUGCUGCCUCAGACCAGUGAGACCCAGUUUGCUAAAGAACUGGCCGAGUCACUGAGUGAGCGCUUGUACAAAGAGGAGGGGAAGAAACAGGCCGCCACAUCUCUCUACUCCGUCCUGCCAGAGACCUUAGAGACACAACACGCCAGAGAGGCCGCCGAACUGCUGAGUGAGCACCUGUAUAAGGAGAGUGGUAAGCGAGGCCUCUCAGCGUCUCUCUACUCCCAGCUGCCCCAGACCAUCGACACCCAGUUUGCCGCCAUCGUCUCCGACCUGCAGAGUGACAACAAGUAUAAAGAAGAGGGCAAGAAGAGCAUCGGCAGCUGUAUCUACUCCCAGCUCCCAGACACCACCGAGAUCACAUUCGCUAAAGCCGUCUCCGAGCUUCAGAGCGAGAGCAAGUACAAAGAGGCGGGGAAGAAGGAGAUCGGCAGCUCUCUGUACUCGCUGCUGCCUGAGACUCUGGAGACGCAGCACGCCAAGGAGGCCGGACAGCUCCUCAGUCAGCACAAGUACAAAGAGGGGAAGAAGGAGAUCAACUGCAGCUUGUACUCGCAGCUCCCAGAGACCAACCAGACGCAGUUCGCCAAGAGCGUGUCUGAGCUGCAGAGCGAGAAUAAAUAUAAACAGAAGGGCAAAGAGGAGGCCUCCAGCAGUCUGUUCCACCAGCUGCCCCACACGCCACAGAUGCAGUUUGCCAAGCAGGUUGCAGAGAUACAGAGUGAGCAAAAGUACAAGCGUGACACACUGCUGGAGAUGUCCAACUGCCUGUACGCGCAGCUUCCCCAGACGGCCGAGACCCAGUUUGCUAAAGAGCUGGCCCAGUCGCUGAGCGAGAGUAAGUACAAAGAGGAGGGCAGGAAGGAGAUGGCCAACUGUCUGUAUGCCCAGAUGGCUCAAACCAGCGAAACACAACAUGCCAAAGAGCUAUCCCAGCUCUACAGCGAGAAAAGCUACAGGGAAGGAGGGAAGAAGGACACAGGAGCCUAUCUGUACGCACAGAUGCCUCAGACCAUCGAGACUGUGUUCGCCAAAGAAGUGGGCAAGCACCAAAGCAACAAACUGUACAAGGAGAAGUAUGAGUCGGAGAAAGGCAAGGCGAGCUACACCAACAUGAAGACUCUUCCCGCCGUCGAGCACGCCAUGGACAUCAACAGGAAGCAGAGCGAGCUGGAGUACAGGAAGGACAGGCAGGACAUGCACAAGUACAGUGACGUAGUGGACCGACCAGACAUACGCAGCGCCACCGAAGCAGCCAAACUGGCCAGUGAUGUGGUGUAUAAGAGCAAGACCAAGGCUGAGGCGUACAAUGAGCAGUCUGUUCUGGGCAGGCCUGACAUUGAGCACGCAAAGAGGACUUCUUCUCUGGCCAGCCAGGUGAAAUAUAAGGAGAAGUUUGAGCGAGACCAGAGGGGGCAGAAGCCCCAGUAUAACCCUGGAGACUGUGUGUCCUUCAGACACAGCCAAGCAGCCUCGGCCCUCGCUAGCCAGGUCAAGUACAAGAGUGGUCAAAGCCAGAUGCAUGAACCGGCCACAGAUUUGCCCAACCUGCUUCAUCUGGGACACGCCCUCCACGCCAGCAAGCUGCAGAGCAACGUGGAGUAUAGGAAGAAGUACGAGCAGUCCAAGGGCCACUACCACAUCGCUCUGGACACAGCCGAACAGCUCCACCACAAGGACAACGCCGUGCUGCACAGCCAUGUGAAGUACAAGCAGGACUAUGAGAAGUCCAGAGGCAAGUCCCUGAUGGAGUUUGUGGACACGCAGUCCUACAAAGUGUCCAAGGAAGCGCAGAAAAUGCAAAGCGAGAGGGAGUACCGUAAGGAGUACGAGGACACGGUCCGCGGGAAGGCCCUGGUGGACGUAGACCUGACCCCCGCCUACAUCACCGCCCGCAACGCCACCAGCCUCAUCAGCGACAAAGAGUACAGGAAGGACCUGGAGCUGGAGGUGAAGGGGAAGGGGAUGUCGGCUCUAGAGGACACGCCAGACCUGCUGCGGGCCAAGAAUGCCGGACAGAUCCUCAACGAGAAAGAGUACCGCAAAGAUCUUGAGACGGAGAUCAUUGGCAAAGGCAUGGAUAUCAGCAGCGAUGUUCUGGACAUCCAGAGAGCCAAGAAGGCCACCGAGAUCACCAGCCAGCUGAACUAUAAGCAGACGGAGCAGCUGAAAGAGCACUCGUACGGCACAUUGACUGACACACCUGAGCUGCUGCACGCUGCCUACCUGAAGGACGUGUACAGCCAGAAGAAGUACAAGGACGAGGCGGAGCGUCUGAAGGGGUCGUACGGAGGGCUGUCGGACACGCCGGAGAUGGAGCGGGUCAAGACCAACCAGCGGAACAUCAGCUCGCUCAGGUACACGUGGGACUCAAAGCUGAUGAGGGGCCUGAUGUCGUCUGUCACAGACACGCCGGAGAUCGUUCUGGCCAGAGAGAACGCAAAGAACUUCAGCGACGUGAAGUACCGGGAUGGUGUUGGCAGUGGAACCGCAGUGAAGGAGACCCCAGAGAUGGAACGAGUCCGCCGGAACCAGGAGAACAUCAGCUCAGUGAAAUACAAGACGCCGGCGGGGCAGGGCACCAGCAUUGGGAGAACUCCAGAACUGGAGCGGGUCAAACAGAACCAAGAGAACAUCAGCUCGAUAAAGUAUCAGAAGGGUCUGCAGGAGGUGAAGGGCCGGUCUUGUUCAGAACUGGACACUCCUGAAAUGAGGCGUGUCCGCAAGUCUCAAAAUGACAUCUCCAUGGCCAAGUACCACGAGGACUUUGAGCGUGCGCGGGGUCGGGGCACCACCCCUGGGCUGGAGGAGCAGCUGGGCAUGGGCAUGGAACACGGGCACGGCCACGGGCACCACCCGCACCACCCACACCACCCACACCACCACAACAACCAGGUGAUGAGCGAGGCCGCCUACAAAGGCGUGCACCCGCAGGUGGUAGAGAUGGACCGUAGACCGGGCAUCAACGUAGACCUGAAGGUGUGGCGCACUGAUCCGGGGUCCAUCUUUGAUUUUGACCCCGUGGAGGAUAACAUGCAGUCUAAGAGCCUGCGCCGCCUCUCCGAGCGGGCCAGUCGUCUGAGCAGGCAGCAGUCUCAGCAGUCUCUGCCGUCCCAGGCCCAGUCCGUGUGCAGCUCCAUGGGCUCUGAGCUGUGGGACCGCAGCGUGUCUGUGUGCAGCAGCAGCUCCGUCAUGCAGUCCCAGCCGGACAAAGGUGCGUACCACCCAGGAGGACAGCAGGGCUACUACAUGCACCAGAGCAGCAUGUCCUCAGUGAGGUCGGUCCAGUCCCCCCCGCACUCCGCCACCAUGAGAGUGUAUCGCGCUCUGUACGACUAUGCCGCCCAGGACCAUGACGAGGUGUCUUUCCGCGAUGGCGACGUCAUCAUCAACGCGCAGCCCAUCGACGAGGGCUGGAUGUACGGCACCGUCCAGAGGACCGGCAAGUCCGGCAUGCUGCCCGCCAACUACGUGGAGUGCUUCAACUAGAGGGCAGGAUCUGGUUGGGUUUUUUGGGGGGGCGGGGGGGAUAAGGGAGGAUAAUUCCACAGAACGCCCGCCCUCAAACCCUACCCCAUCUCCCACCCAAGCUGUGGGCGCAAUAGAAGUCCUGGGAGGCCGAGGGGUGGAGUCGCUCUAGUUCCGAGAGACACACUGCAGCCAUAAUGUUAGCUACGCUGUUUAGACCUCUAUGAGCAUAACCUGGACAAGUAUUCAACUCCUUCUGUGCCACACAUUAAUACACAUCUUGCUUUAUGAAAACUGUGAUUCUAUGCUUCUGGGGAUGUUAAUGCCAUGUUAUUGCUAGCAUAUGAAUAUCCUGAAGCGGAUUAUGGCGCAGUGUGUCUUGUUCUGCUCAGGUAGGGACAGCAGAGAGAGGAUAGGGACAUGCAUAGGAUGCUCAUUAGAUUAGCUCCGCCCCCAAGACUUCUAUUGGAAGGCCAGACAUGCCUUGUAUUAUUCCUUUGUGUCUAUUUUUGUUAACUUUCACAUUUAGGUGUUGUCACUAAUACAUUUUUUAUUAUUGUUAUUAUUAUGAUUAUAUGGUUAUUAUAAUUUACAAAAAAGGAAACCCAUUGAGUGGCAGGCUCUGGGUUCUCCAGUAGGGUGGUCUGCAGCAACAACAACCUGUUUCAUUAUUAUUAACACAUGUGUUCUUAGGAGUACUGGGAAGCCAGCUCUACAACUGUAGUUCAGUGCUGUAGACAUGCUGAACAAUAUCUCCUGUCUCAAUGACCUUGACUGUGUUGUCUGGUUGUAUACAAUAUGCAUGUACAGAAUACUAACUGGGAUCUCUAGUACGUUUUCAGAGGCGAUGCCCAACUCUAUCCGUGCGUAGCCAUUGAGUCUUUAUAUCCUACAGAUGUGGUUUUGGAACGAUGCUAAAGCAAAGUUCCAGCAGGUUGUUUAAGACGUCAUUCUGUGGCCAACGGCACAAGAAGACCAUGAGAAGAUAUUUGUGUAUAUUAGUACUGCUGAAUCACAAGGUUGUCCAGGUGCAGAAAUAAUUGCAGCACUGGCUGUGAUACGGGCAGUCCAAAAUAUGCCCGUUACAUAAGCAAUAGAUCAUGUUGUCACUUAGAUCUAUACACAUAAACAGAACACCCUUCAAAUCCAUGAGAUACACAUACAGAACACCCUUCAAAUCCAUGUUUCUGGGACAGAUUCACGGAUGUUGACUUUAUGUCAUCACUCAACUCAACUGAAAGAAUUGACGUUGUCCAGAAUAUUCCACAUUAUUACACAUAGAGGAGAUGAAAAUAGCCAUAGUGUGUUGCUCAUCUAAUGGUUUUAAUCAAGUUUCUGCACAUCAGUCUUGUUUUGGGCUAAUACUCUCUUGUACAAAAAGGAAAUAAAAGCAUUUUCCUUUGUUGAUUUGAUUGUGUUAACAGAUGCACUGUACCAGACAAUAAUUUCUUUUGAUAAUGCACCUGAGUUUUUAUUAAUUGCGGUGGUUCACACGUGUGGCAAAUAAACUGCUUUGUCAACAUUCAA